GCGAUAUUAUAAUAAUAACUGAAUGUUAAAGAGAUUUUUUUUCAAAAAUGACGGACCGAUCGAUUUCGGGUCGUCCUAGCCUCGAUCAAGUUUCAGCAAUCGUAGAUUUUAUGGAAAAGCACCCGAAUCUCGGAUUAGGUCAGAUGCGGGGCUUAGAGGGAAGACACGAGAGCAAAAGGUUAUGGUAUCAGUUGACGCAAAUUGUAAACAAUGUUGGUGGUCCGAAUAGGCCCAUGAAGUCUUGGGUCAAAUACUGGGCUGACAAGAAAUCCACAGUCCGAUCUAAGGUCAUAUCGGCUGGUGGUGAUCCUAACACUUUGGGCUCACCAGUAGAGAGGAAGAUAUACAACCUGUUUUUAUCACACCUGAAGGACAGAGAGAGUAGUAGAGUCAAAGUGGAGAAGCAUUUGACAGAUGACACAUUUGAGGAGGAAUCUGGCAAUGAGGACAGCCCAGAACCUAGUAAUAAUGACCCUGAACCUGCUAUGCAUUUUGAAGGAACAGCGCCCGAUUAUGAGGAACGACAAAUGCUUGUAAUGGAGAAAUUGGUUAAAGUUAUGAGUGACCAAACAACAGCUAUGAGUCAACUAGCGCAUGCAUCACAAACGAACGCUCAAGCUAUGGAGAGGCUUGCAGAAGCUUCUAUUAUACAGGCGCGGGCGGUAGAGAGGUUGGCAAAUACGUUUGAGACGAUCGGUGCGUCGACUCACGACGUCCGGAACGCCUUGGUUGACAUUGAUGCGACUAUGAAGAGUUACUAUACGACUACACCCACUUAGCACAACCUACCUGGCAGUAUGCCGCUGCUAUGAAGUCUGGUCGAGGGAAAGAGGCAUUUUGAAAAACGUCUACAUAUACCUAAGUAAUGUAAGUGUGCGUAAGUGAAAGAUAAUACAAUGUCUUGGUCUUUACUCCAAACUGUAAAAAAAAAAGAAAGUGUGUUUUCCCAAGCAGCAGCUGCCGCAUAACAAUGAAAAUCUAAUGUGUAUGCAAUACCCACUAUGGAGUUGUUAAAAUAGACAAGAAGUGUUCAAUUCAUGCGCGAGCAAUAAUAAGUAGCAGAGUAAACAGAACUAACGAGUAGGCCGACUCAGAAGAGAUC